CCAGACACCUUAGUUCCUGGCCCUUUUGGUCCGUUUUCUUCCCAGUUCCUGCAGGUUAUGCUCUUCUGCUGGGGAAGCAGUUGUCAGGUCCCGACUCCCGGAGAAAUGGUGCAGAAUCACGCCUCGUCCCGCUUCUCGUAGGAGGACGUGGAAACUACUUCUCCAUCCUGCUUCCGAAUACCUACCAAAGGUUCUCAUUUGUACCAGUUCUAAAGCCCCUAAACCGAGGACGCGCGAGAUCAGACACCAAAGACGCUCGUUUUGCCUCGCAGUGUACUUUUCUUCUGAACUGAACUUCAUAAUGAUCUAAGAAACUUUUCUUACCAAGUGGCAGAUGUGGCCUUAUUCCUAAAAAUCAACCCUAGGAAAUGAAAUUUAGCUUCGGAGGAUCCAGAGAUACAAUCCAAAAAGAUGACGCAAACGAGGAGCAGGAAAGAAGGGAGGUGAGCCGAGCAUCCCAGAACUCAGAGGCAAAAGAGGGGAGGGAAUUCUGGUGAGUUCGAGGCCAACCUGUGCCAAAGUGACUCACAAACCAACAAAAGGGCUCUGCCCUUUUAAUUGCGAAGUUUUAGAAGUGUGGCAUUCGUCUACUAUACAUACAGUCCACAAACGCGUUUCACAUCCCGGCACCCCCGAGGUUGAGUGCUUUAAGGCAGUGCCUUCCUGCAAUAUUCCCAGGCACUCCCCCAAUUUCAAGGAAGUCUCCCGGACUCUGGAACACUCUUGUUAACUAGAGUUAAAGUACUUGUGGACAGUCUUUAAGAAAAAGAAAAAAAAAGCUUUUCACAGUUUUCGAGAAAGUCCCUUGCAAAUUGUUAGAUUUGUUUGUUUUGCGAGGGAAGCCCGGUUUUCUGGUAUUGACGUUAAGAGCCUGCAGGGGCAGCGGUGAGACUCAGCCGAGCGAGAAGCCGGCGCACAGGCCAGCGGGUGGCUGGGUCCUCUGUGACGCGGAGUUCCAGGCACCUGGCCCCGCACAGCCUGGGAGGAGCGAGCCCGAGGCCGCAGAGGCCGCAGAGGAAGCAGCACCGGCAGCAUGAGCGGCUACCAGCCACCAGUGGUGAUCGACAAUGGCUCAGGAAUGAUCAAGGCGGGCCUGGCUGGGACCCGGGAGCCCCAGUUCGUUUAUCCGAAUAUACUGGGCCGGACCAAGGGCCACAAGACAGCGGUGAACUGCGGGCAGGAAUUGUGUGUGGGUGACCAAGCGCAGGAGCGCAGGAGCUUCCUGUCCAUCAGCUAUCCAAUGGACCGAGGCCUCAUUUCUUCCUGGGGAGACAUGGAGAUUAUGUGGAAGCAUAUCUAUGACUAUAACCUGAACCUGAAGGCCAGUGAUGGCCCAGUCUUGGUUACAGAACCUGCACUGAACCCCAUGGUGGACAGGCAGCACAUCUCUGAAGUAUUUUUUGAAACCCUGGGAGUCCCUGCCUUCUAUCUGUCUGUCCAGGCUGUGUUGGCGCUCUUUGCUGCUGGCUUCACCACUGGCCUGGUGCUGAAUUCGGGUGCUGGGAUUAGUCAGUGUGUGCCUGUCUUUGAGGGCUACUGUCUGCCUCAUGGUGUAAAACAGCUAAAUGUGGCAGGACUUGACCUCACCCAUUACCUCAUGAUGUUGUUGAAGGAGGAUGGUGUCAUGCUGCUUAGAACUGAGGACAGAAAGAUCGUGUCGGACAUUAAGGAGAAUGCUUGUUAUGUGGCAAUGAACUAUGAGGAUGAAAUGGUCAAGGAACCUAGCCUACAGAAAAUAUAUACACUGCCUGAUGGGAAGACUAUCAAACUCAGUAACCAGGUCUUUCGUUGCCCAGAGGCUCUCUUCUCUCCAUGGCUUGUGAACGUUGAUGCCCCUGGCAUCGAUAAGAUGUGUCUUAGCAGCAUCAUGAAAUGCGACACCGAUCUCAGGAAUUCCUUCUUCUCCAAUAUUAUCCUUGCUGGAGGAUCGACCUCUUUUCCUGGUUUAGAUAAGAGACUUAUUAAGGAUGUGGCAAAGAUGGCACCUGCCAAUACCCCUGUGCAGGUUACAGCUCCCCCAGAAAGGAAGAUAUCGGUGUGGAUGGGGGGAUCUAUUCUUGCAUCCUUGUCUGCCUUCCAAGACAUGUGGAUCACUGCUGCAGAAUUUGAAGAAGUUGGACCCAAUAUAGUACACCAAAGAUGCUUCUGAAUAGCAGACAAUAUGAUGAGUAAAACAUGUUUUGAGUGUAUGCAACAGCAAAACACUUUGGAUAUUCUGAUUCUGGGGAACAAAAAACAUUUCUGUUAUUGGGAUAGCCAUUUUCUUUUUUUUUUUUAAUGUUUUUGGUAAUUCUGGAAAUAGAACCUAGAGUCUCACACAUGCAAAGCACUCUACCAGUAACUUAUAUCCCCAUCCCUCUUUUUAACUUUUUUUAAGAUAGGCUCUCCUGCUAAAUUUGUAAUCCUUGUGUUUCAGUCUCCCAGGUAGCUGAAAUUAUAGGCUUUCGACUUUGGGGCUGGGUCUCAAUACAACAGGGCAGGAAAAAAAUGUAAUUGUUAGGUUUCAAACCCAGGACAAACAGCUGAGGUGCCUAUUUAACAUAUCAAACUGUACACUGGCUGCUAGGUUCUCUCCUGUAUCCCUCAGUCCCUACCUGUUACAGGGUCCUUCUGGCACACCCCAACCUUACCCUGAAUUUCUCAUUUCUCUCCUCCCAGCUGCCCUUCCCUAUAUAGUCCAAACAUUUUGGUUAUCUCUCCUCUCUUUGGGUCUCCUGGCUGCUAUGCCUGGUUCCCCUCCCUGCCCUUGUCCUCCUCAUAUGGCUCAGGGUCCUGACCAUUCUGGACUCUCUCAAAAGUCUUUGUCUCUGGCUAUGUCUCCCUUAUAUCUACAAUAAACUUUCUCCUUCACCAUA